GGGAAUAUAUUAAUAGUUCUCUUUUUAGCCGAACCCGCCGAGCCGAGGUCAGUGUGCCGCCGAGGUGGCCGUCAACAACACCUCCGGGGGAACGUGAGGUCAUCUGUGGGCUGCUGGGCGGUGGCGAGGGAGGAAAAUGUCGAAGGAGGUCUCCCGCGAGGUGAUCGAGUCCAUCAAGAAGCAGCAAGCCGAGACACAGAAACGCCUCCAGCUAGCCAACCAACACAUCAACACCUUGUACACGCAGGUUCAGGACUUAGAAUUCCAGUUCAAAAUGGCGAUCGUCAACAAGAAACACUCGGCGCGUUACAACCUACGGCAGAAGCUAGCGGUCAUCAUGGGCCUCAAGAUUGUCUACCUCAACUACUGCUCAGUGAAGUCGCAGGAGCUGGAGAGCAUCAACCGAAGACUGCGCGUUCUGACCGACCGAGAGGAUGACGAGGCAAUGGAUACCGACUCCAAUGAAAAUGAGGAACCUAGCACUGCCAUUCUCGAGAUGUAGAGUCGUGAUUUUAUGUACUUGCGGAGUCUCGAGUGUUUUCCUGACGCGAGUUUAGUUUUCGUCUACCUGUUAAGACUCAAGGUGCGUUUUGUUACGUUUGAGGUGUGCCGAGACUAACCUCCACUUCGUACUGUGACGCGAUUUCUCCGCGAAGCCUCGAGGUUAUGAUUUAGUUCACCCGUAAAGACUCAGAGGUGA